GACAAAAUGACUGUCAUAUCUAAUUUGAUGUUGGUAAUUGUUGUACUGUGUGUUGUUUCUUUACAAGUCGCCAGUCCUAAACCUAAUUUACGCACCAGAAAAGCUGUUGACGCAGGAAAAGAAGAUUGUUAUAAUAUUACAAAAGACAAAUGGUUGUAUUAUGAGUAUUUGAAGCUAAAUUUGGUUAAAACCGAAGAUGAAUGCAAACCAUUAUGUGAGAAGAAUAACAAAUGUAGCACAUUUUGGUUACAGAGAUAUGAUAUUAGUGAAGACAUAAAAUUCUUCUGUGUUCUGCAACAAAAACCAAUUAUCUUUGUGGCAGAAGAUAUGAACGUGGAGGAGUGUAAACAGAAUUGUGCGGCGAUGAAGGAAUGCAAAACACUUAUGAAUUAUAGAAGGUCCUGUUAUUUGUAUGACAUUGAAUACAGUAAUAUACCUGCUGAUAAAUUUAAACAAGACACUGGUUCUAUAGUAGCACAGAAAACUUGUUAGAGCUAUAGGAAUAUUGAGAUAUGACCAAACCCUUAAACACUUUACCCUACACUCUCUAUAUUAUACCAGUAGUGACAGUUUAAUAAGUUUUCAAACUCUAACUAAAAUUGGCAUAUCUUAUUGUGGGACUUUGCUUUCAGCAAAGUCCCAGUUUGUUAUCGAAAUGUCCAUUCUUUUUUUUUU